AAUUCCCCAGCUGCAGCCUGGGAAAUUGAGAACACUUGGUGGGUGGCCCCGCCUCCACUAGGGCUCCAAAUCUAGAGGACGAGGAAGUAAGACUCCAUUUCCCAGAAUGCCUCUGGCUUGACAUCCUGCAAGCCUUGGCACUCCCAUUAUGGAAGACUCCAUUUCCCAGAAUGCCUGGGUCCUGGAUUCGCCCAAAUCUUGGCUCCUCCCACUGUGUAGUCCCCGGGUGUGUUGGGAGUCUGUGGAGGGUCGUCUCUGCUCCUGGAAUGUUCACAAGUUUGGGUUUUGGCUUUUGUGUUGAGAAGGGGAAGGAGGAGAGUCAAGUUAAACGUUGCAGCCUGGCGUUAGGCAGUGAAGACUUUCUACUCCCUAGUUCCUGGGGACAGAGAAGACCCGGGCGGACCAGUCGCGGGUGUACAAGAGGAAGUCUGCCUGUCUUGGGGCUCCCACCCCCUGAGGGACUACAGUCUGGCCCAAGCAGAAACCCUGGGACCAGAGGGAAUGGCCCCCGGGACCCCGAGGCCCCCUUCCCAGGGGUCAAUAACAUUCAAGGAUGUGGCUGUGGACUUCACCCAGGAGGAGUGGUGCCUAUUGGACCAUUCUCAGAAAGAGCUGUACAAGGAGGUCGUGCUGGAGAAUGUGCAGAAUCUACUCUUUGUGGAGGCAGAGACUUAUUUUGAAGUGAAGGAGAUGUCUACAAAGAUGAGACUUUUUGUGGAAGGAUCUAACUCUCCAAGAGGCAUGAAUAAGAGUCCCUGUGACUUCUUUUUGAGAGACUCUAAUAUCAAGGUAAAUAAAAAUCCCAAGAGUGACUGUGAAUUUGAUGAAGUUGCAGAGAAUUUUAGCCAACAUUCAGUCCUAAAUCAAUGUACAAAAUUGACCUCAGGAAAAAACUGUUGUUUGGAUAGUGAACACACCAAAUGCAUUCCUGAAAAAGGAGGACUUAAUCUGUCUCAUGAGAAGACUCCUGAAAUGUCCCUGUAUCAAGAUAACCUAGGGAGAAUCACCUCUGGCUCAAGUUUAAACCUCAUAAGACAUCCAAAUCAUGUUGAGAUGCUUUCUGUGAGUAAUAAUGGUGGGAGACCUUUCAGUCAGAACUCUGAAUUUGGUUCCUAUCAAAUCAUACACUCUGGCGAGAGACCUCAUCAAUGUAAAGAAUGUGGAAAGACUUUCACAGUGAGGGGUAAUCUUGUUAGACAUCAGAGAAUCCAUAGUGGAGAAAAGCCUUAUGAAUGUACACAAUGUGGAAGGGCUUUCUCCAGGAGGGGCACUCUUGCUGAGCAUCAGAGAAUCCACACUGGAGAGAAACCCUAUGAAUGUAAACAGUGCGGAAAGGCUUUCACAGAGAGUAGCGCUCUUGCUAAGCAUCAGAGAAUCCACUCUGGAGAGAAGCCUUAUGAAUGUACAGAGUGUGGAAAGCCUUUCACACAGAGGGGUGGUCUUGCUGCACAUCAGAGAAUCCAUACUGGAGAGAAACCUUAUGAAUGUACACAAUGCGGAAAGGCUUUCACACGGAGGGAUUAUCUUGUUAGACAUCAGAGAAUCCACACUGGAGAGAAACCUUAUGAAUGUACACAGUGUGGAAAGCCUUUUACAUGUAGGGGCCAUCUUACCACACAUCAGAGAAUCCACACUGGAGAGAAACCUUAUGAAUGUACACAGUGUGGAAAGCCUUUUACAUGUAGAGGCCAUCUUGCAACACAUCAGAGAAUCCACACUGGAGAGAAACCUUAUGAAUGUACACAGUGUGGAAAGGCUUUCAUACACAGGGUGAGUCUUGCUGAGCAUCAAAGAAUCCACACUGGAGAGAAACCUUAUAAAUGUACACAAUGUGGAAGGGCUUUCCUAUGUAGGGGUACUCUUGCUGCACAUCAGAGAAUCCACAAUGGUGAGAAACCUUAUGAAUGUACACAGUGUGGAAAAGCUUUCAUACACAGAGUGAGUCUUGUUGCACAUCAGAGGACCCACUCUGGAGAGAAACCUUAUGAAUGUACACAGUGUGGAAAAGCUUUCAUACACAGAAUGAGUCUUGUUGCACAUCAGAGGAUCCACUCUGGAGAGAAACCUUAUGAAUGUGUACAGUGUGGAAAGGCUUUUAUAUAUAGGGCAAGUCUUGGUGCACAUCAGAGGAUCCAUACAGGAGAAAAACCUUAUGAAUGUACACAGUGUGGAAAGGCUUUCACACGGAGGAGUCAUCUUGUUAUACAUCAGAGAAUCCACACUGGAGAGAAACCUUAUGAAUGUAAACAGUGUGGAAAGGCUUUCACAGAGAGUAGCUCUCUUGCUAGACAUCAGAGAAUCCACACUGGAGAGAAACCUUAUGAAUGUACACAGUACGGAAAGUCUUUCAUACACAGGGUGAGUCUUGCUGAGCAUCAGAGAAUUCACACUGGAGAGAAACCUUAUAAAUGUAAACACUGUGGAAAGACAUUCACAUGGAGGGGUGAUCUUGCCAAGCAUCAGAGAAUUCACACUGCAGAGAAAACUUAUGAAUGUAAUAAAUUUAGAGAGGAGUGUGAUCACUCAUUUGGAGAAGUGCAAAUGAUAACAAAUCUGGGGCACCAGCCCACAUCUAUUAAAUUGGUUAUUAUGACAGAAAAGGAGGCUUGGCUCAUCCUGGCAGGGACAACAGAGGCCCUGGGAAACCCCCAGAACACAGUUGGGAACUGGGUGACCUUUGAUGUCACACUCACAGUAAGCAGUGAAAGACAAGUGAAAUCACAUGGGCCAGCGUCAGCCCUGGGAUGGGCCACGGAGGUCAGGGGCCUCCGCAGUAACCGGAGACCCCAGAGCUUGCUCAGGCAGUUUAACAGAGACUUUGAGGAGCUCAUUAUUCAGCCCCUCCCUGGAGCCCCCGAGACACCCCAACUGCCCAAGCAGAGCCUGGAGCCAGAGGGAAUGGCCCCCGGGACCCAGAGGCCCCCAACCCAGGGGUCAAUAACAUUCAAGGAUGUGGCUGUGGACUUCACCCAAGAGGAGUGGUGCCUGUUGGACCAUUCUCAGAAAGAGCUGUACAGGGAGGUCAUGUUGGAGAAUGUUCAGAAUCUACUCUUCAUGGAGGCAGAGACUAAUUUUGAAGUCAAGGAGAUGUCUACAAAGAUGAGCCUUUUUGUGGAAGGAUAUGACACUCCAAGAGGCAUAAAUAAGGGUAUCUGUGACUUCAUUUUGAGAGAAAUAUGUGACUCUAAACUCAAGGUAAAUAAAAAUCCAAAGAAUAACUGUGAAUUUGAUAAAGUUGCGGAGAAAUUCAGCCAACAUUCAGUCCUAAAUAAGUAUACGAAAUUGACCUCAGGAAAUGACUACCGUCUGGAUAGUGAAAACACCAAAUGCUUUCCUGAAAAAGUAGGAUUUAAUCAGUCACAUAUGAGGCCUCCUGAAAUGCCCGUGUAUCAAGAUAUCCUAGGGAGAAUAGGCUAUGGCUCAAGUUUAGACCUCACAAGACAUCCAAAUCAUGUAGAGAUGCUUCCUGUGAGUAAUAAAGGUGGGAGACCUUUCAGUCAGAACUCUGAGUUUGGUUCCUAUCAAAUAAUCCACUCUGGAAAGAGACCUUAUGAAUGCAAAGAAUGUGGAAAGGCUUUCACAAUGAGGGGUAAUCUUGUUAGACAUCAGAGAAUCCACACUGGAGAGAAACCUUAUAAAUGUUCUCAGUGUGGAAAGGCAUUCACAGAGAGGGGCAAGCUUGCUGCACAUCAGAGAAUCCACACUGGAGAGAAACCUUAUGAAUGUAAACAAUGUGGAAAGGCUUUCACACGGAAGAGCACUCUUGCUGCACAUCAGAGAAUCCAUACUGGAGAGAAACCUUAUGAAUGUACACAGUGCGGAAAGCCUUUCACAUGGAUGGGUGAUCUUGCUGCACAUCGGAGAAUCCACACUGGAGAAAAACCUUAUGAAUGUACACAGUGUGGAAAACCUUUCACACGAAUGGGUGAUCUUGCUGCACAUCAGAGAAUUCACUCUGGAGAGAAACCUUAUGAAUGUUCACAGUGUGGAAAGGCAUUCAAAUGGAGGGGCCAUCUUGCUGACCAUCAAAGAACCCACACUGGAGAGAAACCUUAUGAAUGUACACAAUGUGGAAAGAUUUUCACAGUGAGGGGUCAUCUUGUUAGACACCAGAGAAUCCACACUGGAGAGAAACCUUACGAAUGUACACAGUGUGGAAAGGCUUUCACACAGCGGGGAGAUCUUGCUGUCCAUCAUAGAAUCCACUCUGGAGAAAAACCUUAUGAAUGUACACAGUGUAGAAAGGCUUUCACACGGAGGAGUCAUCUUGUUAUACAUCAGAGAAUCCACACUGGAGAGAAACCUUAUGAAUGUACACAGUGUGGAAAGGCUUUCACAGAGAGUAGCUCUCUUGCUAAGCAUCAGAGAAUCCACACUGGAGAGAAACCUUAUGAAUGUACACAUUGUGGAAAGGCUUUCAUACACAGGUUGAGUCUUGCUGCACAUCAGAGUAUCCACACUGGAGAAAAACCUUAUGAAUGUACACAGUGUGGAAAGGCUUUCACACACAGGGACAGUCUUGUUGUACAUCAGAAUAUCCACACUGGAGAGAAACCUUAUGAAUGUACACAAUGUGGAAAGGCUUUCAUACACAGGGUGAGUCUUGCUGCACAUAAGAGAAUCCACCCUGGAGAGAAACCUUAUGAAUGUACACAGUGUGGAAAGGCAUUCACAGGGAGAAGUGAUCUUGCUAAGCAUCAGAGAAUCCACACUGGAGAGAAACCUUAUGAAUGUAAACAAUGUGGAAAGGCUUUCACACAGAGGGGUCAUCUUGUUAGACAUCAGAGAAUUCACACUAGAGAGAAACCUUAUAAACGUAAUAAAUUCAGAUAGCCUUUCUCUUAAUGUGCCACAGUUGCUUCAUGUCAGAAAAUCCCCCCUGGAGAGAAACCUCAUAAGUGAGGUUCAGCUUAUAGUUGCCACUCUUAGCUUUUUUAACAGAAGAGGAACCAUACUAGAGAGAAACUUUAGGAAUAUGAUCAAUGUGGUAAGGUCUUCAGGCAACUAUAUCAUCUCUUAUGCCCAAGCGAGAAUUCCUUUUGGAUAGAAAUCUUAUUCCAAUCAUGAAUGAAGAGAGACACUGAAAAUGGAGGAUCCAGAGCUUUUUCAGUAGGAGAAAAUAUCUUCUGAACAGAUCAGUUCCAGAUGGAUUCCCUGUAGGAAGACUUUCAGCCAGAGUCAUCUCUUAUUUCAUGUCAGAGGUUUCAUAGUGCAACAAAACCUAAUGACUGUGCUCAAGUUGAUGUGUUUUCCUCAGGAGGCGGGUGAUCACUCUCAUUUAAAGAAAUGUAAAUGAUAACAAGUCUGAGGGACCAGCCCACAUUUAUUAGAUUGGUUAUUAUUAAAGAAAAAGAAAGUGAGAAAACUUGGAUUAGAUGUGAGAAGAUUGAAAAAGGAAAACUUUGGUGGUUGUUGUGAACUAAUGCAACCAUUCUGGAGAAGGCAAUUUGGAACUGUGUCCAAAAGGCAUUAAAAACAAAAAGGAAAAAUUCCUAUAUAUAGUAAAACUAUAAAACACCUAAAGGUGCUCAUUUUGGGGUGAGAAAGGUAUUGGAAAUUAAGAGGAAACUCAUCCAUUGGGAAAUGGCUGAGCAAAUGGUGGCAUAUGAUUGUAAUGGAAUCCUAUUAUUUUAUCAUUAAUGAGAAGGAAUAGCUCAGAAAAACCUGGAGAGACUUGAGAACUGAUGCAGACUUUUAAAUUUAAUAUAAUUACAAUUAUUCAUUUUACAUUUUGUAAUGUUCCCUAUCUCCUGUUUGUUUUUAAAUUCCUUUCUUUCCCAUAGAUCUGACAGGGAUACUAUUUCAUGUUCCUCUAACUUAUUUAUAAUAUCACUUCUCAUGUUUAAGUCAUAUAUCCAUUGUGAACUUCUCUUGGUAUAUAAGGUGUGAGAAAUUAAUCUAAACCUAAUAUCUCCCACACUGUUUUCCAAUUUUCCAAGUAGUUUUUGUCAGAUACUGAGUUCUUGUCCCAAAAGCUGGGAUCAUUGUGUUUAUCGAAUACUACUUUGCUAUGGUCAUUUACCCCUAGUCUAUUCCAUUGAUCCCCUCUUAGUCAGUACAGUAUUAUUUUGAUAAUUACUGUUUUAUAGCACAAUUUAAUAUCUGGUACCACUAGGCCUCCAUCCUUCACAUUUUUUUUAUUAGUUCCCUUUACAUUUUUGAUCUUUUGUUCUUCUAGAUGAACUUUGUUAUAUUUUUUUCUAAUUCUGUAAAAUUUUUUUUUGGUAAUUUAAUAGGUAUAGUACUGAAUAAGUUAAUUAAUUUAGGAAGGACUGUCAUUUUUAUUAUAUUAGCUCAUACUACCCAUGAACAAUUAAUGUUUUUCCAAUUGCUUAGACCUAGUUUUAUUUGUGUGAAAAUGUUUUGUAGUUGUGUUCAUGUAAUUCUUGAGCUUGUCUUGGCAAAAAAUUCUCAAAUAUUUUAUAUUGUCUAAAUUAUAAAUAGAUUUUAAUUUAAUGAUUGUAAAUGGAAUUUCUCUUUCUAACUCUUGCUGCUGAUUUUUGUUAGAAAUAUAUAAAAAUGCUGAUCAUUUAUGUAGCGUUAUUUUGUAUCCUUUAAUUUUGCUAAAAUUAUUAUUUCUACUAGCUUUUUAGUUGAUUUUCUAGGAUUCUCUAAGUAUACCAUCAUAUCAUCUGCAAAAAGUGAUAGUUUAGUUCUGGGUUGGUUUAUCCCCAUCCAAAGGCUUGAUCAAAUAUUUUGUGGUCAUUCAAAUCACUCUAGGCUCACAACUACAAAACACUCUCCACACAAUUAAAACUAGAUCUAAACAAUUGGAAAAACAUUGAUUGCUCAUGGGGGGAUGAGCUAACAUAAUAAAAAUGACAAUCUUACCCAAAUUAACUUACAUAUGUAGUGCCAUACUCAUUGAACUACCAAAAAACUUUUUUACUGAAUUAGAAAACAAAAUAACUAAAAGUUCAUUUGGAAGAACAAACGAUCAAGGAUAUCCAGGGAAAUCAUAAAAAAAAAAUGCAAAGGAAGGAGGACUUGCAGUCCCAGAUUUCAAACUAUACUAUAAAGCAGUGGUUAUGAAAACAAUUUGGUAAUGGCUAAGAGACAGAAAAGAGGAUCAGUGGAAUAGACUUGGGGUAAAUGACCUCAGCAAGACAGUCUAUGAUAAACCCAAAGAUCUCAGUUUUUGGGACUAAAACCCACUUUCUGAUAAAACUGCUGGGAAAAUUGGAAGACAGUAUGGGAGAUACUAGGUUUGGAUCAACAUCUCACACCCUACACUGUAAAUCUUGAAAUUUCUCAGACUUGUGAAUGUUAAAAAUUUUCACAUCGAGGAAUCCUCCAUUGGAACACAUUCCCUACUGGGAAACAUUCCCCAUUUUGAUGUGAGAACUCGCCAGGAUCAGAAAUGGGAAGACCUCUAUUCCACCCAUACUUAAGACUGCUUUAGGGGAGAAAAAUCCUUGCUAUGGGAGGACCUCUACUCCACCCAUACUUAAGACUGCUUUAGGGGAGAAAACUCCUUGCUAAACAAUGAAAGUACUUGGACCCAUGCUUAUAAUAAGGCAAGGAGUUCUUGGAGCCAUGCCUAUUUUUUAGAAUUGAUACAAUGAGAUGCUAGGUACCUAAAAGGGUUGGGCAAGUUUUCUCUUGAUGAGAUUAGUUGACUCAGCUGUGUUUUCACUGGUUCAGACUUACUGAGGAGAUUAGUCGACUUAGCAGGAAUUCAGAUGGGCAGUCCUUUGGAAAACGUCUACAGUGAUUGGUAGAUGUAAGGACUUAGGGGAGGUGACAUAGGAGAAAAACCCCUAUAUAAGAAAAAGCAGAAUCUCUUGAAAAAGAAAAUCCUUUUGGAGGAUCUCUGAUGAGGAUCGCUUGGGAAGAAUCUCUUGAGAGAGGCUCUGGAGAAGGGAAGCUCUUGGAGGACAAUCUCUAAGGAGGUCUCGCUGGAGCUCCUCUGAAGGGACUCUGUCCCUCUGGAGGCUCUGGAGAGAGGCCCUUUGGAACAGUCUCUGGCUGGAAGGCUCUUUAAGGAGGACUCUGGCUGGAACUCUCUCUGGUGAAGUCAGCUGAGAUGGAGCUGGCCUGGUGUCACUAGAAUCCUUGCUUAGACAGACCUUGUGGUGAGUGUUAAAAGACUGACUGACUGAUCUCUCUGUCUUGAGACUCAGGUCUAGGCCAUGUUGGCUUAAGGCCCUUCAUACUUAUUUCCUUUUUCUCUCUUUCUCUCUUUUCUUUAAUUCCACAUUUGUAUUAAUUAAAAUCUCUAUAAAACCCAGUUGACUUGGGUAUUUGAAUAAUUGGGAAUAUUUCCCUGGUGACCACCUUAUAUUUGAUUUAAAAACCAAGAUACUGUAGUGAAACAUAUUUUCUGCAGUCAAAUUUACUCACCCUCUCUUAUAUCUAUCACAAUUUAUAUCUUCAACCAUUUUAACUCUUACAACACCAAGAUAAAGUCAGAAUUGGUGAAUGGCCUGAAUAUAAAGAAGGAAACUAUAAGCAAAUUAGGCAAGCACAGAAUAGUAUACUUGUCAGAUAUUUGGUAAAGGAAAGACUUUAAAACCAAUCAAGAGCUAGGGAAAAAAUCACAAAAUAUGAUAUCAAUAAUUUUGAUUACAUAAAAUUAAAAAAGUUUUUGUACAAACAGAACUAAUGCAUCCAAAAUUAGAAGGGAAGCAACAGAUUGGGAAACAAUCUUCAUUACAAAAUCCUCUGACAAACCUCAGAUUUAUAAAGAGCUAAACCAGUUGUACAAAAAAAAUCAAGCCAUUCUCCAAUUGAUAAAUGGGCAAGGGACAUAAAUAGGCAAUUUUCAAAUAAAGAAAUCAAAACUAUUAAUAAGCUCAUGAAAAAAUGUUCUACAUCUCUUAUCAGAGAAAUGCAAAUCAAAACAACUCUGAAGUAUCACCUCACACCUAACAGAUUGGCUAAAAUGACAGCAAAGGAAAGUAAUGAAUGCUGGAGGGGAUGUGGCAAAGUUGGGACAUUAAUUCAUUGCUGGUGGAGUUAUGAAUUGAUCCAACCAUUCUGGAGGGCAUUUUGGAACUAUGCCCAAAGGGUGAUAAAAGACUGUCUGCCCUUUGAUCCAUCCAUAGCACUGCUGGGUUUGUACUCCAAAGAGAUAAUAAGGAAAAAGACGUACAAAAAUAUUCAUAGCUGCGCUCUUUGAGGUGGCAGAAAAUUGGAAAAUGAGGGGAUGCCCUUCAAUUGGGGAAUGGCUGAACAAAUUGUGGUACAUGUUGGUGAUGGAAUACUAUUGUGUUCAAAGGAAUAAUAAAGUGGAGGAAUUCCAUGUGAAGUGGAACAACCUUGAGGAAUUGAUGCAGAAUGAGAGGAGCAGAACCAGGAGAACAUUGUACACAGAGACUGAUACACUGUGGUACAAUCAAAUGUAAUGGACUUCUCCAUUAGUGGCAAUGCAAUGACUGAACAACUUGAAGGAACCUAUGAGAAAAACCACUAUCCACAUCCAGAGGAAACACAGUGGGAGUUAAAACACUAAAGAAAAACAACUGCUUGAAUACAUGGGUCGAAGGGAUAUGGUUGGGGAUGUAGACUCUAAAUUAACAUCCUAGUGUUAACAACAACAGGAAAAUUGGUUCUGAUCAAGAACACAAGUAAUACCCAAUGAAAUUGCUCGUUGGCUGCAGGAAGAGUGGUUGGAGGGGAGGGAGGGAAAUAAUGUGAUUAUUGUAAUCAAGGAAUAAUGUUCUAAAUUGACUAAAUAAACUUAUUCAAAUAAAAAAAAAA